AUGUUUGUACUGCCGGAAGUACUGCCAGCUAGUACCCAACGAUAUGAUAUUCCUUCUGCAGCUCGCUUCGCCAUUCUCCAAGCUGCAUGUGGUCACAAUAUCUGUGCCAAGUACGAGCGAGUGGACUGGAUGCGAUUGACCCCAUGGUGGCGUCAUGAAGAGCACAUCGCCAACCCGCUGGUGAAAAGCCUCAUGUCCCUUAGUGGUCAAUUUUCGUCUUCGAGGCUGUUCCUGAUUUUGCGUCUCAGCGAACUGUUUAACGAACUGAGUGAUGCAGUGCGACCAUGGCAGCCACUACUCCCACCGAUAACCCCGACUGGAAAGAAGCACCCUGACUCAUCGUUUGGUCCUAAUAUUGGUAUUGUAUGCAGUGGACUUGCUUGGACCACAAACAGGGAGAAGAAGGUGCUCGCCGAUGAGUUCACGCCGGACGUGGUUCGCGGAUGGAUAGAGAAAAGCAAAGUGGCCAGCGAACCCACGACCACCUUGCAGGCCUCAGUUAAUCUGAAGCGGCCUACUUUGCGCUUGUCUCCACUACUUAGAAGAAUGGGAGAACUUUACACCAGUGCAUUAUUAUUUUUCUUGGCGUUGAGUGAAGAUACGGUACCAGACAAUCAUCAUCAUGGCCUGGAGUUUGAGUUCGAUUGCGAUGCACCGAAAUGUAGAAUUUACGUCCAUGUCUUACUCGAUGCCAAUCAUCCCGAUGCCCCCGCAGCCACUUCUCCUAACGGUCUCUCUAAGCUCAAAGCCCCAACCGCGAGAGACUGA